CCUUCCCGCGGUGCGACGCACGCCGCUCUGGGAACGCCGCGCAAACUGUGGUGCGCGGUAGGAGUAGGGUGCUUUGGUGGAAGAACGCUUGGGAUGAGUGAUCCGUGGAGGCAGUAACCCCACAGCCAAGCAGACCAGAUUACGAAACGAUCGCGGCCGGAGCUUGUGCUCUGGCAGCAGGAUGAUAUGAGAAAUGAAGCCAACAGGUACAGACCCAAGAAUCUUAUCUUUAGCUUCCGAAGUUGUAAAAAGUCCUGAGCAAAAUGUCCCUGUUGUACUGCUGAAGUUAAAAGAAAUAAUAAACAACACACCUUUAGGAAGCUCAGAGUUGAAGAAAAUCAAGCAAGAUAUAUAUUGUUAUGACCUCAUUCGAUAUUGCCUCCUGGUGCUCAGUCAAGAUUAUUCUCGAAUCCAGGGUGGUUGGGCUACAAUUUCCCAGCUUACACAGAUAUUAAGCCAUUGCUGUGUGGGCUUAGAGCCAGGAGAAGAUGCGGAGGAAUUUUACAAUGAAUUACUUCCAUCAGCGGCAGAAAAUUUUCUGAUUUUAGGGAGACAAUUGCAAACAUGUUUCAUCAAUGCAGCUAAGGGUGAAGAAAAAGAUGAAUUACUACACUUUUUCCAAAUUGUGACUGAUUCUCUCUUCUGGCUAGUAGGAGGCCAUGUUCAACUUAUCCAAAAUGUACUACAAAGUGAUCAUUUCUUGCACUUACUGCAAACUGAUAAUGUUCAAAUAGGAUCUACAGUCAUGACUAUGGUACAGAACAUACUACACAUCAACAGUGGUGAUUUACUCAGAAUAGAAGCAAAAACACUUCAUUCAAUUCUAGAUGAAGUUAUUUUCAAGCUUUUAUCAACUCUUAGUCCCGUCAUGAGAAAUACUGCUACAAAGCUGCUACUGUUGAUGGCACAAUCCCAUCAGGAAAUUUUGAUUUUACUAAGACUAAGUGCCUGCUACAAAGGACUCAGAAGCCUGCUAAAUAAACAAGAACCUGGGACAGAGUUUUGUCAAGAAUUUAGACAACUCAUUUGCCUUUUAAGCCCUAAGGUCCAUCAGGAAGUAGAAGAACAGAAACUACAUCAGGCAGCUUGCUUGAUUCAAGCUUAUUGGAAGGGUUUCCAAACUAGGAAGAGAUUAAAGAAGCUUCCAUCUGCUGUAAUUAUUUUACAGAGGAAUUUCAGAUCUAAACGAGCAAAGAUAUUACUGGAGCUAAAUAGGCAGAAGGAAGAAGAGGACCGCAGAUUACAACUGCAGCUUCAAAGACAGAGAGCCAUGAGACUUUCCCGAGAACUACGGCUGAGUAUGCUUGAAAUAGUUCAUCCAGGUCAGGUGGAAAAACAUAAUCGGGAAAUAGAAGAGAAAUCAGCAUUGAUUAUCCAGAAACAUUGGAGAGGGUACAGGGAAAGGAAAAUUUUUCUCCAACAGAAGCCAUCUCUCGUGGAGUAUAAAGCAGCUGUCAUACUUCAGAGAGCAACUCUUAAAUUCCUAGCAAAGUGCCGUAAGAAAAAGAAACUAUAUACUCCUUGGCAAGGAUUCAGAGAACUCACUGAUGCACGUAGGAUUGAACUGAAGCAACAAGUGGAUGACUAUGUCAGAAGACAUCCAGGCUCUCAGAUGUCAGAUGUGACCAGCAGGGAGCUCCAUUCCCAAGCCCAAGAACGACUGCAACACUACUUCAUGGGCAGAGCCCUAGAAGAUAGAGCCCAGCUGCACAGGGAGGCUCUGAAGGCACAGAUCAGCACCAACAUUGAACAGUUAAUAAAGGCACCAAAUCUGAAGGAGGCAGAAUGGAAAGAACCCGAGCUCUUCCUAAGUAGAUCCAGACCUGUGGUGGCCAAGGCCAAGCAGGACCAUCUUACUACUCUGAAGCAUAUACAAGCACCCUGGUGGAAAAAGCUUGGGGAAGAAGCAGGAGAUGAGAUUGAUGUCCCAAAGGAUGAGCUUAGUGUCGAGUUAGGAACUUUAUUCAUUGGUGGCACCAAACCUCCUUAAGGAGUUGUCCUGAGGAAUUAUUCAAGUCCUGUAUUUCAGGAGAUUAUAUUGGUUCUGCCUCUGGCAUGCUAGUAGACUAGACCUAUCCUAACUUAUGGUUUUUCAGAGGUUCUUCAAAUAAGAUUUAUAAGAAGCAAGCAAAGAAUUAUCUUCUACCUCUAUCUCAAGUUUAAAAUUUUUUUCCACAUCUCCACCCCUGGCCACACACAGAUUGAUGGUAGCUUUUCUUGUGGAACUAAACUCAGAAUGUUAUUCUGCUGCUUUUAUAAAAUGUGAUAUUUCUCUUUUUGUUUCUGAUGUUUUCCAAUUAAAGGCGUUCUCGAAAUAAAUAUUUUCAACAGUUCUGAAAAA